AUGGUUCGUGAUUUGCUCAUGCCUGGUUCUGAGGCUGAAGCUCCGGAUCCUCAUUUGCCGGGUUUUGCUUUUCUGCCAUUUAUCUGCAUCCGUGUGAGAGCUCUGUUCCUCUUUGUGCUAGUCUCCGUCUUGGCAGCGUGGGACGCUUGUCUUAACCGGAGAGCAGCUGCAAAGAGAAGCAGGGUGAACACAACAAGGAGGAAUAUUUGUUUUCAGCCAAUGUCAGAAGGUGACCAUACGUUUCUUCUAGAGAAAAUCAAAAAUAAAGAGACAGACAAAAAUGAGGCUAAAAAGGGGGAGGAGGAAGAAGAGGAAGAAGAGGAAGGCAACAUAUAUCAGCUCACUGCAAUGCAGGAGGAGCUACACAGCUUGAAGGAGAAGCUCGAGAAGCUGGAGAGUGAAAAAAGCCAAAAGCACCAGAAGUGGGCAAAGAUGGUUGCCAGCCUCUCUAACCUUUCAGCUGCUAACAAAGACCUCAGACAUCAGAUGUCCAAGUCCAUUGCGCUGGAUGAGCUGGUCUCAGAUAACCCUUUGCUCUGGAUUAUAAUGAUGCGGAUUGAGGGUUUCACAGAUGAAAUGAAACUCUUAACCGAAGAACUACAACCAAAGGACCUCAUCCUUUCUGCUGAUCCUUACUUGCCUGAAGAACAGACACUUAAUCCACCACCUUUCAAAGAAGCAGAAGAGGAACAAGAAAAACAAAAAAAAGAAGUAGAGGAAGAAAAAGAAAAACUAGCCCAGCAUUUGGAAAUGCCAAAUGAAAUCUCCUUAAACACUGACACUGAGAAGAAAGUUUCUGAAACACCCCAAGAAGGCACAGUGAUCAAGUCUAUUCUCAAAGCUGAGGUGACAGCGGAACUAAAGCAAACGUGCCGCCCGGGCAGGCGAGUCCGGUUUCAGCUCCCUGAGGUGCCAGGGUCGAAUCAAGACAGAAGGAAGGAUAACCAUGUAGGACAUAAGAAUAAGAGAAGACGGCAAAAAAAAGGUGUAAAUGAACAUCAAGAAAGCAAUAAGCUGGAAAAUGAACAUCCUCAACACAAGAAGAAAUGA